UAAAGAAGAGAAAGAUUCAAAAACUCCAAAAAAAAAAACAAAAAGGGCAGAGAGAGAGCAGAGGAGAGGUCAGAUUUCUUUCUCUCUCAAACCAAAAUUUUCAGAUCCCAAACACCCACCUUCUUCUUCACCAUGAUCACCCUCCAUUAACUUUUUUCCUAUAUAAUUCCACAUCUGCCCCUCCAGAUCCUCCAUUGUUUCUUCCACAAGAAGAAGAAGACCAAUUCAGAAGAAUUUUACAAGAGAGACCCAUAAAUCCCAGACGCCACCAUGAACGACUUCUCGGGUCUCUUAAACUCCGAUUACGGCUUCAAGCCCUCCGGCAAAUCGGCCCCAAUGUCUUCUUCUUCUUCCUCCUCUUCUUCUUCAAAGCCCCCAGCUUUCGAUCUCGGAUCCACCGGACCCUCCUCCAGAUCAACUCGCACCUCCAAUUCCUUCUCCGGCGAUCGCGACCCGAUCUUCGGAGCCCCGAAAGCCCCAGACUUUGAGAACAUCUUCGGCGGCUCGGCCAGGUUCUCCUCCAAUUCCGAAGCUUUCAACUUGGAUUCCAUCUACGGCGCUGAUUCCGCCUCCUCCAAGGUCGCCGAUUCCGGCCCCGUUUUCGACAGGCCGGUUUACGACGACGACAUUUUCGACGGCGUUGCGGGGCUGAAGAGCUCAGCCGCGAACGACAUUUUCUCCUCAACGGUGACGUCGCCGCGGCCGCCGCCGCGGGGGAGUGAUAGUAGUGCGUUUGAUGACCUUCUCGGUGGGUUUGGCAAGGCUGAGCCGGCGGCGUCCUCGUCGAAAAGCUCUAGCUCACAGAAAGCUGACGCGGGUGUGCCGCCGGGUUUCGAUGAAUUGUUACCUGGAUUUGGAGCUAGUAGCAGCCCCCAAACUGAAAGGUCAAACUCAGAAGCCAACUGGCCCCCAGAGACAACUGCCAAUGUGAGUAAAGCAACAACUUCCAAGGUGAUUGGCGAUCCUUUUGGAGUAGCAGGGCAGUUUAAUGACCCCUUGGAGGAAAUAAGUAGACUUUCUAAUUCUGGAAGCUUGAAGGCUGAUAACCCGUCUGUUGAUAACGGGCGAGCAUUUGAUGAUAUAGAUCCCUUUGAUGGCCUUGGGAAGUCGGUCCCCACAUUUUCUUCAGGGAAGAGUUUCAGGGGAAAGGAUAGUGGUAAUUUAAAGGCAGAUACAAGCACAAAUAAUGGCAGAGGUUCAACUGGUAAAGAAUCAACUAAGUCUUCUGUGAGAAGUCCAGAUAACCAGUCUCAGAGGAAGGUUCCUGUUGGAAAUCAUUGGGAUCCUCAUCAGACCUUUUUUGACAUGCCUUCAGUUUCGACUGAUUCUCACAAAUCUGCAGGUCAAACUAUGUCUCCACCUUCGUAUGUAAAUGCCAAGGAAGCAAAUGUACCGGUGGAUAGGUCUUCAAGAUCUGAAGAAAACUUGGAUUCAUCAGAUAAUGUAUGGCUUACGGUAUCAGAGAUCCCUCUAAUGACUCAGCCUACUAGUGCUCCACCACCUUCAAGACCACCUCCUCCAAGACCUGUGCAGGUUUCAAAGCCAAGAAUGAGUUCUCCUGCUUCUACAAAUUCAAGAAAGAAGGCUAGUGAAUCCUCUACUGAGUUCUUUCAGGCUCCAAAAUCAGCCUCUGCUGCAGCUAGGAGCUCUGGUGUUUCUUCAGUUGAUGAACUUGGCGAUUUUGGCAUGGGAAAGAGCCAAAGUAACUUUGAUGAACAUGCAAAUGGUCUUUCGGGUGAAGAAUCGGAGCGGAACUCAGUUACUGAUGCUGUGAAGGAGGCUAUGGAAAAAGCUGAGUUUAAAAUGAGGCAGGCAAAAGAGAGAGGAAGUACAAAGUCUGCGAGAAAUAAAGAAGCACAGGAGAAGGAAAAAGAACGGCUGCAGAGGGAGAGCGAAGAGGAAGAUAUGGAACAGAGGAGACUGGAGAAAGAGAGGGAAACUGAGAGGGUGUGGGAAGACAAAGAAAGAGAGCAAAGGAAACUUGAGAAGGAAAGGGAGAGAGCCAGGGAGAUGGAGGAGAAGAACAGACAAGCUGUGGAAAGAGCUACUAGGGAAGCACGUGAGAGAGCGGCAGCUGAAGCUCGCAGUAAGGCUGAAAGGGCUAAAACAGAGAGAGCCGCUGUUGACAGGGCAAAUGCUGAAGCUAGAGCACGUGCUGAAAGGGCUGCAGUUCAGAGAGCUCAAUCUGAAGCUCGGGAAAGGGCUGCAGCAGAAGCAAAGUUAAGAGCAGAAAAGGCUGCUGCAGAAGCCAGAGAAAGAGCUAAUGCAGAAGCCAGAGAAAGAGCUAAUGCAGAAGCUAAGGAGAGGGAAGCAAGGGAGAGAACUGCUGCAGCAAGGUCUGAAGCUGAAGCACGAACAAGAUCGGAGCGUGCUGCGGUGGAAAGGGCUGCUGCAGAGGCCCGAGAAAGGGCUAAUGCUGCUGCGAGGGCGAGCCAACAAAGGAAUGAAAAUGAUCUUGAGAACUUUUUCAACAUGGGUCGGGCUAGCAGUGCGCCACGACCCAGGGCUAACUCAUCGGAUCCUUUUGAUGCCCAUUUUCAGAACAGGCAACAGCCUGAAGUGCCGAAGACAUCAACUUCCUCAAACAUAAAGAAAGCAUCUUCAACCACAAAUAUUGUUGAUGAUCUUUCAUCAAUUUUUGGAGCUGCUCCAUCAUCUAAUGAGUUCCAAGAAGUUGAAGGAGAAACUGAAGAAAGGCGAAGAGCCAGGUUGGAACGACACCAAAGGACCAAGGAGCGUACGGUGAAAGCACUUGCUGAAAAGAACGAGCGAGACCUUCAAGCCCAAAGAGAACAAGCUGAGAGACAUAGAAUUGCUGAAACACUAGAUGUUGAGAUUAAGCGCUGGGCUGCAGGAAAAGAAGGAAAUUUACGUGCUCUGCUAUCAACUUUGCAAUAUGUACUGUGGCCUGAAUGUGGUUGGCAGCCAGUUUCCUUGACUGAUAUGAUUAAUGCUGCCCAAGUGAAGAAAGUAUAUAGAAAGGCAACUUUGUGUAUUCAUCCUGAUAAGGUACAACAGAAAGGUGCCAAUCUUCAACAGAAGUAUGUAGCUGAGAAGGUGUUCGACCUCCUUAAGGAAGCUUGGAACAAGUUCAAUUCAGAGGAGCUAUUUUGAAUUCCGUCAAUGAUUCUUCCACUACGAGCUACUCCAUUUGGCAAUGGUAUCAUUUGUCGUAGAAGAAGAAAAAAUGCUGCUUGCUUUCCGGAAGAAAGACUUUGUACCGGUAUCAGUGAUGGUAGAAUUUUUGGGUUAAUGUGGAAUAUACUGAGAGAGGUUUCCGUUUGCCAUACAAAGAUGCCUGGAGGGUAUUCUCUUAUAUUUCCCUUUUUUCUUCCCCUUGUUCUUUUCCCUUUUUCCUCUUGUAAUUGUUUGUUUAGGGGAGUAAAUCCAGGGUUUAUAGGAUUUCCAAAAGAUGGCUUUUGAAAAAUAGAAAAAAGCUAGUUGAUGUAGAAUACCAUAUUGUGGUAUCACAAUCAACUUUUGUUCAGUGAUUCACCCAAGUUAAUAUAGCCCGGGCAGAUUUUGCCCUGAUUUUCAUAUUUGUUUUGUGAUAUAGCACAUUCUGUUGAAUAUGUAUACACCAUUAUUUGUAUUGAUAUCAAAACAUUAAUAUAUCAGUGAUGAUUGAGCUCUGAAGUCUAAGA